AAACUUUGUUUCUUGAGACAAUGAAGUUUAUCUCUUUUUCUUUCUGCAGUUACUGUGCAUUAUCUGGUUUAUAAUAUAUGCUAAAAGUGUGAAGUUGGGUGUUAUGCAUUAAAAGGAAGGCUUUUGUUGUGUGUUUCUUUCACCUUAUGCGGGACUGGCACAUGCAAGGAUGGAACCUCGUCGCGGAAGCUACCGAAUGGCAUCUCAAGUGAACCACAACGAAGAGACAUUUAAUUCACAUUUUCCCCCAGCAACAAAAUUGGGAUCCGAAUCAAAACCUUGUGCUGCUGUUCCUAUUCGUUCUGUUGCCCCGACAGGUAAACAAAACGUGAAUGUAAAGUUCAAGGCCAAACCAGGGAAGGUUGAGAAAAACAAGGCAUCUAAAAAAGGAAUUCGUGAAAUUGUAUCAGAACUUUUGAAAGUGGAACGGCCUGAAAAUAAGCCUUCUGCCUCUAAGAAAACUAAAGGAGAAGCUAGAAGUGGAAAGACGACAAUAACAAAGAAUCCAAAUUCAGUUCACAGUGGAGCUCGUGCUGAUUUUUCUGGCCUGCCACCACCAUUUUGUUCCUGUACUGGUCUUUCUAGAAAGUGCUACAAAUGUGGAGGUGGGUGGCAAUCAUCCUGCUGCACCACCUCCUUAUCUGAGUAUCCCCUUCCUUUGAAUCCCUCAAAGCCCGGAAAUCGUGUGGCUGGGAGAAAAAUGACUAAUGGAGCAUAUAAUAAGCUUCUUUGUACCCUUGCAACUGAAGGUAGUGAUCUUUCUAAUCCAGUUGACCUGAAGAACCAUUGGGCAAAACAUGGUAGUAACAAGUUUAUUACUCUCAAGUAAACACGAGGAAAGUGGACUGAAACGUAUGUAUCAACUGUAUUAUGUAUAUACUAUUUUACUCUCCAACUGUUGUUUCGGGUUAGCAUUGUAGGAACCUUGAGUACUAGGUUGCUAAUAUGUGCAACUUAGUACGGAUAAAUUCUGGUAAUCUCAUCAUGCUUCUCAA